AUGCCCUCAGCUUUAACAGUGACCUUUGUACAGGCAACAAUUCUCAAUGCCAUUUCCAACAUCCUAGCCCAAUUAAUCGACCAGCGCAACAACAAAGCUCCAUUUACGCUCAAUGUACUUGCAUUUAUGCAAUUCAUCACAUAUGGCAUAAUCAUCGUGCCACCCAAUUUUUACUGGCAACGCGCCCUUGAAGCGCGUUAUCCAGGGCUAUCCGACGCAUUCAGCAUCCGCUCGCUGAAAUCUCUCUUCUCACCGCGUGCAUGGCUGUCUCUUUUCUCAAGGGCUAGCCAGGAUGAAUCCCUUCCUAGUCACAAGGACAAGGAAAAAGAAAAGCAUGUUCGGUGGGCACCGCGAGUGCAGACGUCAGGGCUGCGUAGCUUUAUGAUGAAGUUCUUUUUUGAUCAGACGGUGGCAUCGAUCACUAACCUUGUGUUAUUUGUGGUUUUGAUUAAUUUGCUGAAGGGGGAGAAUCUGGGUAGGAUAUGGGAGUUGGUUAUGCUGGACUUCAAACCAAUCAUGAGUGCCCGUCUCAAGUACCGGCCUCUUGUCUCUAUUUUAAUGUACACAGUAAUUCCCGUGGACCGACGGGUGGUGUUUGGGAGCGCUUGUGGGGUUAUCUGGGGUGUGUAUUUGAGUUUAUAUGCGGUUGUCUAG